AUGUGCUCGGUUGGCGAGACGCAGCCAAAUAGUAAUCUGGAUGAACACGAAGACGGAGAAUUGGUGGAUGAAGCUGUCGUAGAGACGACGUUUCGCUGCGGAGCGCCGCAGGUAGAUGGAGCAGCAGCCGUGCAGCGCGAGUUAACCUUGGAAUCUACUGCGUCCAGUCAGAACCCUGUUAUCCUUGUUGAUCGCAAGAGUUUGGUUGAAUACGACUACGAAGACGGGGAAUUGCUGGAUGAUGCUGUCGUAGCGACAACAUUCAAUGACAAAGGACGAGGCGAAGUGAAGAAGGAGGGGUCGGUCCAGGCUGAUGUUGCCGAGAACGAGCGCCAGAAUUUGGAUGGACAUGAAGAAGGCGAGUUGGUGGAUGACGUUUUCGUAGCUACCACUUUCAACGACAAAGAAGGAGGAGAAGUGCCGCUCCAGGCUGAAACUGACAGCAGGAGCACGAGCGACAAAGAAGGAGGUGAACUGCCGGUCCAGGCUGAAGCUGCAGAGAAGGAUCACGAGGAUUUGGACGGACACGAAGACGGUGAACUGGUGGAUGACGUUGUCGUAGCGACGACUUUUGACGGAAAAGGAGACGGAGAAUUGAUGGAUGCUGCUGUCGUAGCGACAACUUUCAACGACAAAGAAGGAGGCGAAGUGCCGGUCCAGGCUGAAGCUGCAGAGAAGGAGCACGAGAAUUCGGAUGGACACGAAGACGGAGAACUGAUGGAUGAUGUUCUCGUAGCGACGACUUUUAACGGCGAAGAAGACGGGGAAUUGAUGGAUGAUGUUGUCGUCGCCACGACUUUGGAUGCCAAAGAAGAUGGUGAUGAACCGGAUGAGGAUGAAGCAGAAGAAGAGGAGGAGCAUGAGCUAGCCUUGGAAUCCAUGGUGUCCUGCCAGAACCCGACUAUCGUCGUUGAUCCGAAGCUCUGCCAGCAAUGCCAAACGAAUGAAUUCAAGUACAAGUGCCCGAAGUGCACGUUCAAGUCAUGCUCGCUGGAUUGCUCCAAGCUGCACAAGGCUGAGAAGGAGUGUGAUGGUGUACGCAAGGCGUUUCCGGUGGUUAAUCGUCUCGGUGAUUACGAUGACAGGACGUCUAUCGACGAUCAGAAUUUCCAUCACCACAUCAGAGAGUCCUUGGGAAGCACGCCGAAGGGAUUUUUGAACAGAGAAGAGGCUCCUAACCAUCAUACUCCAAGCAUCCCGUUCCCACAAGAGAAAUACUUGCUCGACAACACUUGCCAUCGGCGAAUCUGGCUCAGCUUCCGCGACGAGGAUCGAGGCGUCGAAAAUUCGCGGCACGAGCAAUUUUCGGACACGAUUUUC